AUGAAAGGCGGGAAAGGUUGGAACAUGAUUCUCGCCGCCGAUCUCAAAGGCGGAAUCGGAUUGCGCAACGAUCUACCCUGGAAAAUUCCACAAGAUCUCAAGCACUUUCAAAAGUUGACGAGAGGCUCGGCUGAGAGGGAAUCCGUCGUUGUCAUGGGCCGGAAUACUUGGCAGUCCAUUCCGGAGAAGUUUCGACCGCUAAAGGGAAGAGUUAACAUCGUCAUCACCAACACGCUGGAGAGCGAGAACUUCGUCAAAUGCACAUCGCUAGAAGAGGCGAUCGACUACGCCGAGAAACAUCACUGCGCCGCGGCGAAAUGGAUCAUCGGCGGCGCGACGCUCUACAAUCGAGCGCUCAAAGACGCUUUUGUCGAUGAAAUCUACUUGACGCGGGUUCAGCGCGACUUCUGUUGCGAUACACACGUAGCAGACCUUUACAAGCUCUUGGAGGCUGAAUACCGACUCGAGCCUUCGCCAAAAUUCACGUCGGAGACAUUCACGAUUGAAGAAGACGGCCUCAAGUUCAAUUUUGAGCGACACGUCAAAAACUCUAUCCAGCUUUAG